ACUGGUAUACAAAUAGAUGAUGGCAAUUUAAUGUCAGUGAGUUUGCAUCUUUCUUCCUGGUACAAGCUCUGGAGUGAUCACCAGCUUUGCAAAAGGAUUUCUUGCAUCCCUUAAAGUGCUCUCUGGAUGUUGACUUUUUCAUUAUUAUUUUUUUUAUUCUAUUCUAUUUUUUUUUUUUUUUUUUGCCCAUAUACAUUUAUCACCCAUGUAAUAUAUUUUUCUUCCAAAUGCUGGGGUUUGAUUGAUCAGUUCUCCUGCUUGCUCUUUGCAUUGACUGUGUAAUCACCCUGUGUAAAACAUUUCAAAGAGAGGACUUUUUGUCUGGAUCUAUCUUUGUUAUAGGAGGACGCUAUAAUCAAGGAAUAUACAUAUUUUUUUUUCUUAGCUUGCAAUUGCAAACAUGGAUGUUUUGGGUAGUUAUAGCAUAUUCCAGGAGCUGCAGAUUGUACAUGACACGGGCUACUUCUCAGCAAUGCCGUCUUUGGAGGAAAAUUGGCAGCAGACAUGUCUGGAGCUGGAAAGGUAUUUGCAGACAGAACCGAAGAAGAUGUCGGAAGCAUUUGGAGAAGAUAUUGACUGUUUCCUUAACACCUCCAUUGCUCAGGGCCCAGAAGGCAAUGCCCGCAAAAUAGAUCCAAUUGUAAUUCCUGUAGACAUUAGCACGUAUGAGAAACGUCCUAGUAUGGACAUUUUGCUUUCACAAGACAAACUGUUAUCUGAAACAUGUGUUAGUCUACAGCCUGCCAGUUCUUCUGCGGAGUGCUACACAUCCGUAAACCAGGCACAGCUCAAUGCAGUGACUUCCCUAACACCUCCAUCGUCCCCAGAACUCAGCAGGCACCUAGUCAAAACCUCACAGUCCCUGUCUGCUCUAGAUGGCACUGUUACAUUAAAACUUGUAUCAAAAAAAGCAUCUGUUAGCUCGGGAAAGGCCACGGAGUCUGCAUCUCCUGGCAUUACGUCAAAGUGUGGACUGAGCGACAGCGAGCAAGCUAUGGCAUCGGGGGAAGCAUCCCCUGAAAACAAGAAAAGGGUUCAUCGGUGCCAGUUUAACGGCUGUCGGAAAGUCUACACAAAGAGUUCACAUUUGAAAGCUCAUCAAAGGACGCAUACAGGUGAGAAGCCAUAUAAGUGCUCCUGGGAAGGAUGUGAGUGGCGCUUUGCUCGGAGUGAUGAGCUCACAAGGCAUUACAGGAAACACACAGGGGCAAAGCCAUUCAAAUGCAAUCACUGCGACAGGUGCUUUUCCAGGUCUGAUCACCUUGCUCUGCAUAUGAAAAGACAUAUCUAAAGACACUUGAGAACCAAGAUGGCUAUGAGGCUAAGGGAGUGCCACAAGUUGCAAUGGGACACUCUUGGCUAUGGCCUUUGACUUGCAGGAGAAAGAGAAUAUUCCAACAUGUAAAACUCUGUACACAAAAUCCAUAUGAAAUAUUCACGCACAGUCACAUACUCGAGUAUAUGAGAGAACACUGUCUGUUUUGCCUUACGCCCAACCUGAUUGAGAAGUACACAGAAGAAUGGCGAUGACUUUAAGAAACUGUGAUUUCCUCAACAGUUGCGUAUCAGGCAAUUCUAUACAUGUUUGAGGAAACCCGUCAAAACAAGGCUUCCCUGCAAACGGACAAUUAGUCUUAAAAAGCUCUGAAGAACUCACUAUAUUGCAACUCAGAAGCUACUGAAAAGUUGCAUCAUUGUAGCACUAAAAAAAAUUUCUUUUAAAAUUAAAUUUAAAGGAAAAAAAAAAAAAAAAAAAGACGGAUUUCGAACUAGGUAACCAAAUCUCAGUUCAUGAGCCUCUUGGCUUGUGUUGAAGACUCCUCAUCAAGAAAGGUUUUAACGGGAUCCUGCAAAGUGUUUGAUUCUGUGUGGCUUUGUCUUGUUACAGAGAUUUAACUCAAUGCCAUAGGCCUUACUGGCACUAAACUGGUGGAGUCACAGACAUAGAAGUUUCUGCAAUUGUUAGGUCUAUGUUUCAGGAGGAAUCAUGAAUGGAGGACCACAUAGAACAACCCCUUCCCUUACCCCAUCCUCUAUUUAUUAAUUUUUUUUUAUUUUUUUAUUAUUAUUUUUGUGUGUAGCACACCUUAUGCACUAGGGACUGGUUAAAGCCACUAACACUGACUGAGACAGGACUUUGUUUCUUGAAACCGAAGUGUCCUGGCCCCAGUGUGUGCACUUCCAAAGGUUUAAAGACCUUUCAAAUUUUUAUUUUGUCGCUGAUAUAUAUAUAAAUAUAUUUUUGUUCUGUUUAGUUAAAAAGCUAUUUGAGAAGCUUUGUUUAAUUACAUUCUCACCAUGAACUUGUGUCUGGCUAAAAUAAUCAUUCUCCACAUGGACACUUUAGCUUGGAUUGGACCAGCAAUUUUGAAUUUGCUUCUGUCUGGCAGGCUUCAAGCAAUCUCCCACUAAACUUUCCAAACUUUGUGCUUGAUCAUUGACUUCUAGUCCUAACAAUAUAACUAGUUAGAAACUUGAUGUUAUUUCCAGAGCAGCUGCAUUUUGUACUAAAUAUAUUGUUUGAGUGUUUAACAACAACUGCAACAACAAAAAGCCAAAUAUAUCAAUCUCUAAAACAAUGAAUACUGAAGGACAUCUUAAAGUAAGUUGAAUUUGUAUGACUGAUGGUAGUAAAAAAAAAAAACACUCUUCCUUGUAUACCAAGGCCAUCAAUAAUUGGGCCGCCAAGAGUUCCCAUCUGAGUGAACCUAAUGGUUCAAAUUAUCCAGUGCAUUGGUGUUUUCAAUUGUUUUGGCCAUAGAGAAACCGUACAAAUUACACACAGAAGUUCUUAUUUGACCCUAUUUUGGUAGGAUCAAUGGUUAUAAAAGGAAUUAUCCCAAGAAUAAUGUGAAUAUCUGAGCUUUCCCAUGAAUAAUCCAGAAUUCACUGCAAACAACAAUUAAUCCAUGUACAUAAAAGUUCCAUUGGUUCUCAUUAAACUGUGCUCCAAAGGCUGCUAAUUUGACCAUAAUUUGAUCAAUUCAAUUAGGUGUAGUGGGGAACUGGUUGUAUAUUGUGUAUAUUCUGGGACCACUCCUAAGCAGCUAUUAAAAUUGCACAUUCAUUUGGUCCCACUAUCCAGAUGAACGGAGCUCAUUUAUCCCAGCCAGCUGGCCUCUUUUUAACUUGUUUUGACUCCUUGACUGUUAAACACAAAAAAAAAUGUAAAAAAAAUGUAAAAAAAUUAAAUAUUGAAAAUGAUUUAAAAAAAAAAAAGACAAAAUAAUAAAAGAAAUACUAAAAAAAAAAAAAAAGAAAGAAAGAAAAACCUGACAUAUUUGAGAAAUUGACCGAGGGGAUAGACAACAAAUGAAAAGAGUUGCCUUGGCACAUAUGGUUUAAGCUUGUAGUUACCAGAAAGACUCGUAGAGACUUUCAGUUGCCAGCUACUCUGGAAGCUAUCAAGGUUUUAAAUUUUCCUUUAACACUGGGAUACAAAACCUGCUUAAUGUUAGGUUAUUUUCAUUUUUUACCAAAUAUUUUAAUUCUCAUUAUCAUGUUGCUGUUGGUGGUAAGGGUCAGGAAGUAACAUAUUCGACCAAAACCUAAGAAGAUUUUUAGGUGUUUCGAAAGAUGUUGGACAGUAAAGGAGAAAAGAAAAUGAUUAAAUUCCAAAGAUUUAAAAAAACAACUUAAAUAUACCUGAAGCAUUGC